UAAAUCAGCAUUAGAGUGUUACAUUAUAAUAGUUCACCACUGUACUGGAGUCAGUCGCUUCUAGAGACAGCGACAAGGAGUGCAGUUCUUACAGUCAUAUGAUAUUGUAUGGACCAAGUCAAUUCAUAAAAGGCUCAUUGUCAGGGUGUGGAAGCAUAAGCAAGGACAUUUCAAAAUGGGAUGCAGCGCGGUCUGUUUUUAUUAAUUGGAGAAAAAGCCACCCAAAGCAGAUACUGUUGGAAAUAUCUAGGCAAUGUCAGAACCAAGUCGUGCAAGGUCAGGUGCCACAGAUGGAACAAGUGGGCCACCAAGCAGUGCUAGCAAAUCUAAUGCUAAAUUUGCUAAAAAUCUUAGCACUUCAGGAAGAAGAUUGCAACGAGAGCUCGCAGAAAUAACAUUAGAUCCACCCCCAAACUGCAGUGCUGGUCCUAAAGGAGAUAACCUGUAUGAAUGGAGCUCCACAAUUUUGGGGCCCAAGGCAUCUGUUUACGAAGGGGGAGUCUUUUUCUUGGAUAUUCAGUUCACCACAGACUACCCCUUUAAACCACCGAGGGUUGUGUUUCGCACACGUAUAUAUCAUUGCAACAUAAACAGCCAGGGAGCUAUUUGUUUAGAUAUUCUCAAAGACAAUUGGAGUCCAGCUUUAACUAUUUCAAAGGUUCUUUUGUCGAUAUGCUCUCUCCUAACGGACUGCAAUCCCAACGACCCACUGGUAGGAAGCAUUGCUCAACAGUAUCUCACUAACAGAGAGGAACAUGACAGGAUUGCCAGGCAGUGGACCAAGAGAUAUGCUACGUGAUGACAAAAAAAAAAAUCAAGGGGGCAUUUUUUUUUCUCUACUUUCUUUUUUUUAACAAUAACAUGGCAUUGAGGCAUAGCAUUAUAAUUGUACCUUGAGAAAAUUCUGAAAAUGUCUCAACAAAAUAAUAGUUUGUUCAACUUUUUAAAAUAUUGAUUUUAUAAUGGCAAAACCUUUUCAAUUUUAUUUUCUAAAGAAAUCUUUGUUUUAAUGUGUUAUUGCUAUCCAACCUUGUUCUAUCAAACUUCUUGUAGUCUGCUUUGACCUGUUUACUUUUUGUUCUCCUUAUUGUCAACUAUUUGAAAUAGUAGCAUUGUAUAACUAGGCAACAGUAAAUUAAAUAUUUUAACGACAUAUUUUCAUGGUUUCGUUUAGGAAUUAUGUAACAACCUUUGAAAAUGUACCAACUCUGAAAAAUGUAUCCUGUUUUGAAGAUUCAGAAUAACUAUAAGGAUUGUAUCCCCACAGCCACUUAAGAAUUCAGCAUAUGCUUAAUUUUAUUUGAUAUCUCGUCCAUGAUAAUGAAUCCUUUACAAAUGUACAUUGAGAAAUAUUGCGUUUGUAAUAUUUGUGGUUGAUGUAACAAGGGUAAGGGCAUGUAUAAUGAAUUUCCAUGGCUCUAGGCUGACCUUUUAGUAGUUCUUGUUCUGUUAAAUGCCAGUGCAUAUUUUUUUCUUUUUGAGUAAUUAUCAUUGUCUCCUGAAAGAAAAUAUAGAGGCAAUGUUUCUAUUUUAGUUUCGUAUGCUCUCUGGGUUUCUAAUGCCAUGCUUUUUUAUUUUGGAUCUGCCAUUUUUUUUUUGUACAUUUGUUGUGUAUAUGACUGGUUUUGUUUUUAAGUCUCAACAUUAACAUGUCUUUGAAAAUGUUGUUAGAUCAGUUGAUGUUUUGAAGUGAAAACGAUGAAGUAAUUUUUUGUGUGCGAAUGUUAUUUUUGAGAGUGUAGAUGGUUACGUUGUUGUUCAACAUUUAUUUGGGCUAGUAUGUUGUUGUUAUUUUGUAAAUAAUGUAGAGUUAUAGUAUGAAGAACUUUGUUUCCUCCAAACAUUUUUCAUUCCUCUCUGAACCACGAAUAAAAAUUGAAAUUUUCCUGCCUGAUGUAUUUGUCAUAUGUAGACUAAUUAUGUGCCUAAAUUCUUUAUGAGAACAUGAGCUGCUAUAUAAUGAUGGGUACAUUAAUUUUGACAGUGUCCACUAAUCUUUCUUUUUAUAUAUCUUUAUCUGAAACAUAGAAAUUUCUUAGAAUAAUUAUUUUUAAUUUAUAGGUACCAGUGCAUAAAUGUUCUUAAAUACAAAUCUAGUGGAAAAAUUUAGACUAAUGGAUUACAUGUUUCAAGAUUUAUCCUCAAUUCCACAAGACUAUAAUUUUUAGUUUUAUUUGAUAUUUUGGCACAUUGACACAAUUUAGGCCAUGUCGUGCCCAUUUAGUUUUUAAUUCUGCUAUAUAUUAUAGUUCCUAACCACAGUUUUUGCUUUAAGAUAAUAGUGGCCAUACCAUCAUUAUACAGCUUUAUAUGCUACCGUGUCUUUGUAAUUUUAUCAGUAUUUCACUUAGUGAUUGAUAUGAUGAGAGUUAACUUAAGUAAAAAGUAAAAGUACCCCUUUCAGACCUUGCAGUAAUGAGAAGGUCCAAUAAAUUCUGUCUAUUCUUAAUGGUAAAACAAAUGGUUUUUAUAUGACUAGGGUUGUGAGAGUAAGAAAUCCUAAACAGUUGUAAUACUUUUCAGCUUCAUUUGUCAUGAGUUAUAUGUGACAUGUUAGUAAUGAUAUAUUUUUAACAUCUAAUUUAUUUAAAAAUUGUUAUCUGAAUAUGUUUAAUAUCACUAGCAAUAUUGCAAAUUAGAGUUCUUUUUUUUCAAAGAAACAUACAAAGAGUGAAUCUUAUUUUCAAUAUAAAAUAAAGGCUGAGUUUAUAUAGAAGUCUAUAUAACAUCUUACUCCUAGAGAAAACUAUCAAGAUAAUGAAUUUAUUCUAGGAAUUUGAAGUUCUGUUGGAGAGGGGGGGUAUUUUUCUUAUGUACCAGUUGUUGGGUUGUUGUUGUUUUGGUACGGUAUAAUUUGUGUUUAAUGUUCUAUGGAUGUCUGAUCAUGAAUACAAAUGUCUGCUGUGUUUGGACUGAUGUGACAAUCUUUGUGGGAAUAUGAUUUGUGUCAACUGUUUGCAUGUACAUAAUUUUUCAUUUGGUAAAUUAAAACAAGUCAUUAAUGGAAACUUAAAA